AUGUCCGGCUUGAGCUCUGAGAUGCUGCAGCUGCACUUGAACCAAGCAGAACCAGCAAUAACUCCAUCCAGUUCCAGUCUUAUGGGCAAUAAAAGCAGCUGUGCAGAGCAUCUUCUGCGCUAUGGGAAUACAGAGAAAGUGCUGAUCGGAGGACUGCUUAUCAUACUAACUGUUUCCACCAUCUGUGGGAAUUUAUUGUUGGUCCUGUUUGUAUGUUUGGUGAAGAAACUGAAGCAUCCCUGUAAUUACCUGAUUGUGUCUUUGGCUGUGGCGGACUUGGCUGUUGCUGUAGCUGUCAUGCCGUUCGUGAGCAUCACUGACCUUAAAGGAGGACACUGGAUCUUUGGUCAGCUCUUCUGUAAUGUUUUCAUCGCCAUGGAUGUAAUGUGCUGCACAGCGUCUAUCCUCACUCUGUGUGUGAUCAGUAUAGACAGGUAUCUUGGUAUAUCAAAACCACUGACCUAUCCUGUGAGACGGAGUGGAAAGUGUAUGGCAAAAAUAGUGUUGAGUGUGUGGCUGUUUUCUGCCUCCAUCACGAUGCCGCCGCUGUUUGGCUGGGCUCAGAACAUCAGUGAUGAGAAUGUGUGUCUGAUCAGCCAGGACCUGGGCUACACUGUUUACUCCACUGCUGUGGCUUUUUACAUCCCUAUGUGUGUGAUGCUGAUCAUGUACUACCGCAUAUACCGAGCUGUCAAAAUCAGUGUGGCCAAGCAUGCCAUCACAUUCCCGUCGAGACCUGAUGAUGGUGUGAGCUAUGUGUCAGCUGUGCUGAAACUGCAGAGGGAGGUGAAGGCGCAUGCUAUCAUUACACGCCUCCUGAGGAAUGAACGCAAGAACGUGUCCAUGUUCAAGCGAGAGCAGAAGGCAGCAACCACAUUGGGUGUUAUGGUCGGGGCGUUCAGUGUUUGCUGGCUGCCUUUUUUUUUGCUGUCCACGGUGCGGCCCUUUGUCUGUGGUGUGCACUGCAGUUGUGUGCCCCUGUGGGUGGAGAGAACCCUGCUGUGGCUGGGCUAUACCAACUCGCUCAUUAACCCCUUUAUUAACACAUUCUUCAACCGAGAUCUCAGGACUACAUACCAGAACCUUAUUUACAGAAACUUCAACCGCAAAUUCUUAGCAGGUAGCAUGCAGGAAGCCUACCGCUUAUCCGAAAGACCUCGGAUAUGUUCACCAUAA